CCCCCAAGCCUGCGCAGCUCCGAGAAGGAGAUUCAACCCGCCAUACGUGAUGUCGCAGAUUCGCCAGAAGUUACUGCAGUUACAGUAAUUUUAAUAUAAUCAGGCUGUUUAAUAAUGAUGUUUUCAGCUCAGAGCGGGGAUUAGCGGCGGUUUCUGCAGCGCGGGGGCCGCGGAUUUAUUUCUGAAGCAUGGACUGUGCGCGAGCAGAUGGUCCUUCGGUCUUCAUGUGCAAAAUAUGCAACCUGUUCUCACCUAAUAAGUCGCUGCUCCUGUCUCACGUCCUUGAGAACCACACCAAGGAGGGGGAUGAUGCUGAGGAAGUCAUUAUUCCACUCAAGCCAUUACAGUCACCACAAGCACAACCUGCAGACGGUGUUGUGAAAAGGAAACGCGGCAGACCAAAAGGUUCAACCAAGAAAGUCCAAGCAGACAAAGUCAGGACGAAUAAAGCUUCCAGUCAGCCAAAGAAAGAGACGCCGGCCGCUCAGCCAGAAUCUGCGGCCGAACAGCAAAACGAAGAUGACACUGGUUUGGAGUGCAAGAAAUGCCAUCGCAAGUUCAGCAACAAACGACAAAUUUCCAAACACAUCUGUUUUGCAGGACUUAAAGAAGCUGCGGACGAGGAGGAGAACCACGGUCACAAUCCCGAUGCUGGUAAGAAAGAUGAUGGAGAAGAUGACGUAAGAUCUACACCAAAGAAGGCGAGAACAAUGAGAACAGAUAAGGCUUCUAACGUAAAAGACCCGGAGUCGACAAACUGCACCAAAAACCCCAUCGUCAGUGUUGUCCUUGCAGCUCAUGAAGCCAUUCCUGGUGCCACAAAAAUAGUUCCAAUAGAGGCUGCACCAGCCGAGGCAGUUAUCCCACCAGAGACCACCGCCAGCUCCCAAGUACCAGAACCGAAGAAGGGUUAUCAGGAAUACGCCAUCCAGCAAGCUGCUUACGAGGUUCCUCUCAAAUCUAACAGGUUAGGUCAAACACAGCUGAAAAUCUUCACCUGUGAAUACUGCAACAAGGUCUUCAAGUUCAAGCACUCGCUCCAAGCCCACUUACGGAUUCACACCAACGAGAAGCCAUUUAAAUGCCCCCAGUGCGACUACGCCAGCACCAUCAAGGCCAACCUCAGCGUUCACAUGAGGAAGCACACUGGAGAGAAGUUCAGCUGCGAGCACUGCUCCUUCAGCUGCCUCAGCAAGGGCCACCUCAAGGUCCACGUGGAGCGGGUGCACAAGAAGGUAAAGCAGUACUGCCGCUUCUGCAAGAAGAAGUACUCGGAUGUGAAGAACUUGCUGAAGCACAUUCGCGAGAGUCACGACCUGGAAGAUGAGAAGGUUAAAGAGUCCUAUGAUGAGUACAGACUACAGACCAGAGAGGGCAAGAGGCAGCUUCUGUACGACUGUCAGAUAUGCGACCGCAAGUUCAAGAACGAGCUGGACCGCGACCGUCACCUCAUGGUGCACGGCAGCAAGAGACCGUUCGGCUGCGAGCUGUGCGACCACGGCUCCACCAAGUUCCAGGCUCUGCAGGCUCAUAUCCGGAAGCAUCCCUUCGUCUAUGUGUGCGCCAUCUGCCUGCAGAGGUUUGUCAGUUCGGUGCGCCUCAAGUCCCACUUCCAGCAGUCCCACCCUGAAGUGGACGAGACCACGGCGUUCUCAGAUUCAAUCAAGAACAGUUUCUGCCUGCUGAAACCUGGAGACGACAUCCAGCAGGACAUUGUAAAACAGGAGGAGCUGGACAUUACGAAAGAGUUAUCUCUCCUUAACGUUCAAGAGGUGCUCAUCACGGACGUAGAAGAAGAACAAGAAGACGACGCUGAAUGUCCUGAAGGCUUACCUACAGAAAUUGCAGCCGACACAUUAGAACAGGAGACCCAGGAAGAUAUAGCAUCAACAGACAUUGACACCAGUUGCCAAAUAAUUGAGACCGUUGAAACCCAGACACAUGAAAAUCAACCCCAAGGCAGUUUACCAAACAUGGACUCCAGUGUAACUCCAGGGUUUGACAAUCCAAAUGAAGAUGCAGAAAAUGUAGCAUUGACUUCGCAUACUCCCAUAACUGAAACUCAAACAACAUCAACCCAGCAGAUGUUGUCUACAGACAGUGGUGACGCACCAGUCGCUCAAAAUGAGAUAGAAGAAACCCACGUCACUCCGAGCAACACUGCCUCUAGUGGUGCGGAGGACUUGGCCACCACACAUCAAGAGGAAAAAUCAGCGUUCAUGCAGAUUUUAGACCAAAUGCAAAAAAGGCAGCUAAACAUGGACAUCUUUGAGAGGAUACGCAAGAUUUACGGAGACCUGGAGUGCGAAUACUGUGGUAAGCUCUUCUGGUAUCAGGUGCACUAUAACAUGCACGUGCGAACACACACUCGUGAGCACCUGCACUACUGCUCCCAGUGCAGCUACUCCUCCAUCACCAAAAACUGUUUGAAGCGGCAUGUCAUCCAAAAACACAGCAACAUCCUCCUCAAGUGUCCUUUAGAAGGGUGUGAGUACUGCACUCCUGACAAGUACAAGCUGCAGUCCCACGUCAAAACACACACAGAAACUGUUAAAAACCAGUUCAUUUGUCCCGUCUGUAAAGACUCAUUUCCAGAGGACAAACUUAGAUAUCAUAUCAAAAUAAAUCAUCCAGAUACAUCAUGGAGUACUAUCUCAGAGGCGCUGGGGAUACGUGUUCAUGUAAAAGGAGUAAUAGGGAAACGAGCCUCUAAAUGUCCGUACUGUGACUGCUUCUUCACACGGAAUGGAACAGACAUGCAACAGCACAUAUGGGCUCAUGAAGGAGUGAAGCCCUUCAAGUGUCCGAUCUGUGACUACGCCUCCCGCAGUAAAAGCAACCUGAAGGCACACAUGAACCGCCACAAUACAGAGAAGACCCACCUCUGUGAUUUAUGUGGGAAGAAGUUCAAGUCUAAAUGCACUCUUAAGAGCCACAAGCUAAUGCACUCCGCAGAUGGUAAGCAGUUCAAAUGCACUGAGUGUGAUUUCACUGCAGCACAGAAGCCACACCUCCUCCGCCACAUGGAACAACACGCCUCUUUUAAGCCAUUCCGUUGCGCACACUGCCACUAUUCCUGCAACAUCCCAGGCUCUCUUAAAAGACAUUAUAAUAAAAAGCAUCCCGGUGAACAGUACUGCAAUGCAGGUCCUGGAACAGCAUCAUCUGAAACUGUGAUGGAGCAAGGUGGAGUGAAGUGCCCGGUCUGUAACUAUGUUUAUGGCACUAAAUGGGAAAUGAACAGACACCUGAAGAGCAAACACGGCCUCAAAGUGGUGGAGAACAGCAGUCUCGGGCUGAACCAGUGGGAGGUGGUGGAGUCGGUGGAGGAGCCGAGCGCGCAGUAUCUUCAGAUUGCUGAGACGGAGGAUGCUCAGGGAACAGAGGAUGCGGUGUCGGCACUGCAGAACCUCCGCUUUAACACACAGAACGGUGUUGUGUCCGCAACAACAGCAGACAGACUGGACCCAGUGUCCGUUAAUAUUCUUCAGCAAAUAAUCGAGCUGGGCACAGAGAACCCCAAUGCGACCGUGGCUUCUGUGGUAGCCAUGGCUCCUGGCACAGUCACUGUAGUGGAGCAGGUGACGGAGGAGGAGGACCAGGCUGGCCACGCCAUGAUGAUCCAGGAUGCCAUGCAGCAGGCCUCAGUGGGCUUGGGAGAAGAGCACCACCUGGUGGUGUCCUCAGACGACGUGGAGGGCAUAAAGACGGUGACUGUGUACACGCAGGGGGACGACGCCUCUCAGUUCAUAGUCUACGUUCAGGAGGCCGUGCAGACUGAAGAGACCACCACAGAAGUGGUCUGAACGUCCUCAGGAACGUGGUGAAAUAAUGUACGCCUGGAGAAUCAUUCUGAUUUAAGCAGUUUCCAGUCUCAAGCGGACGGAGUUACAGGAAUGGUUUGGCUGAAAAUGAAAUCUACGUAGGUUUACUUUUAUUCCACAUGGUGUCAAUCAGCCAAUCAGUGCACUAGGAGGAAAGCGCAGCGACUCAGUUCCGAUACAUCAGCUCACAGAUGCAGCCUCGUGCUGAUCGACAUCACCCUUUGGAGUGAUGUGGGGAAAGAGCGCCAUCUACUGCCCCCCCACCCAGAGAGAGCAAGGCUCUCAAUUGUGCUCUCUCAGGGCUCCGGCAGCUGAUGGCAAGCUGCAUGACCGGGAUUCGAACCAGCGAUCUCCCGAUCAUAGUGGAAGAGCUUAGCCUGCCAGACCACUCAGAGCCCCAGGGGUCUGUAUUAGUUCUGUUUUAUUGACCGCUGGAGCUAGGAGGCUAACGUCGCUAACAAACACAGACUUGUUUAAAUGUUGUUUAGAGCAGAGUAUCCAAUCAAACGUGCCUUCCCAUGCACACACAUCAGCCAGGAAUAUUAUGUUUGUGUUCUCUAUUGUUUCUAUUGGUCAAUGAAAUAAUCAUGUUAAUGUAGGAUUUCCAAAUUAAAAAUACUAUAUAAUUAUGGAGAAAAUCUACACAGUGAAUUUUGCAAGUAGUCAAUAUAUUUUAUACUGUGCUCUAAACCAGUGUUACCUAACCUGAGAUGGACUUGUGUUGUAGUGAAACCUGAUAACGAGUACAAACUUUUGUCGAAUAUUCCUCCUCCAUUCAUCCCCAGCAUUCCGAAAUACAGAUUUUUUAGAUGCUCCCAACAGGCUUACAAUGCUACUGAUAAGGGCAUAGAGUUACCCAAAUAAAUAUGGUUUUAUGUUUUUUUGGAUACAAUCCGGGUUAGCACCCGAACAUCCCUUUCAGACAGCUUCCUCUUACAGCGUCCACAGUUAAUCCUGUUGGAUGUGGUUGGUCCUUCUUGGUGGUAUGCUGACAUUACCCUGGAUACCGUGGCUCUUGAUACAUCACAAAGACUUGCUGUCUUGGUCACAGAUGCUCCAGCAAGACGUGCACCAACAAUUUGUCCUCUUUUGAACUCUGGUAUGUCACCCAUAAUGUUAUAGUGUGCAUUGCAAUAUUUUGAGUAAAACUGUGCUCUUACCCUGCUAAUUGAACCUUCACACUCUUACUGCUCUUACUGGAACAAUGUGUAAUUAAUGAAGAUUGGCCACCAGGCUGCUCCAAUUUAGCCAUCUAAACAAAGUUUGUCUAAACAUGCUUUAGAAUGGAUGAUAUGGGGCAUAUUUUGCCCCUGCAGAUAAAUCACCAAAUCUUUUUACAACGUUAUCCAGGCUCAAAGUAGCUCCGGAAGAGUAGAGAUGGGUUAUUUAACAAAGGUGAGUACUCUUCCUCAUAUUUUACUACAUGCAAAAGUCAAUUUUAUAUCGGCGUUCUCCUUUAAGCUCAGUCAUGGUAUUUCUUAGUGCAUAAAAACUCUUGAGUAGAGUAUUCCAUUUCACAGAUAUUUCAAUCUUAGACUGAAAACAAACAGAAAUUAUCUUCAUCAUCUAGUGAAGAUAUUUAUUCCUAUUGCAGCUUAAUGAGUGUUUGGGUUCUGGUUGCCUAUUGGUUAUUGCCUGACUCAGAGUUUAAAACUAAACUCUGUGUUUUUCCAUUAUUAAUAAUCUGCAUUAAUCUGAAGUGCAUGUAAACGCACUCUCUCUCUGUGUUUUGGCUGAUUGAUUUUGUCUGGGUUAAGAGGAAUAUUGUACCAAGUACCAAGUUUAGUUGAACAGCCAACAUUAUUUCUUUAGUGUUGCGCAUAUUCUACAAGCUUAAAUGCAAUGGAUGCAUAAAAAAUGCAUAAAAAAACACUUGCAAACUGUUUUUUUAAGUUAAAUACUGUCAAAUUUAUUUUCCUUUUUUUCCCAAAUUUCUGACACUGGUAGCACAUUACUAGAGCAUUUAAAAAAAUUGAAUAUCAUUGAAAAGUUACUUUAUUUCAGUAAUUCAGUUCAAAAUGUGAAACUCACAUAUUUUAUAUAGAUGCAUAACACAAAGUGUGAUCUAUUUUAAGCGUUUAUUUAUUUUAUUGUUGAUGAUUAUGAAGCUUACAGCCAAAAAAUCCAAAACCCAAAAAUCAGAGUCUCAGAAAAUUAGAAUAUUAUAUAAGACCAAUUGGUACUUCUUUUUUUUUUUUUUUGCAGUACGGGUAGUGUGCCAAGUCCUGCUGGAAAAUGAAAUCCGCAUCUCCAUGAAAGUUCAUCAGCAGAGAGAAGCAUGAAGCGCUGUAAAAUCUUUAGACUUGAUAACAAAACACAGUGGAUCAACACCAGCAGAUGACAUGUCUCUCCAAACCAUCACUGAUCAUCAGUACAUUUUUUUAAAGAUGUGAAUUUCAUUUUCCAGCAGGACUUGGCACACUGCCCACACUGCCAAAAGUACCAAUUGGUCUUAUAUAAUAUUCUAAUUUUCUGAGACACUGAUUUUUGGGUUUUCAAACGCUUAAAAAAUAUCACUCUAUGUGUAAUAUAUCUAUAUAAUAUAUGAGUUUCACAUUUUGAACUAUUGAAUUAUUGAAAUAAAGUAACAUUUUUGUGAGAUGCACCUGUAUAAUCACUGAAAUUGACAAAAGCACACCAGGCUUCAAGACAGCUGCUAUUUCUGUCUUAGCUAUGUAGCACUAGAUCCAUAAAAAUGUUAGAUAAUUAUGCCAUGUGGUGUUAAAUUAACCAUUGAAUAUUCUGUAUAUAAGAUUAUUCCCUUUUUUAUUUGUUUUUUUGGCCGAACUAUCUUAUAAGUCAAGUCAAGUCAAGUCAAAGUGGUUUUUAUUGUCAUUUCAGCUAUAUACAGAGUACACAGUGAAACGAAACAACGUUCCUCCAAGGACCAUGGUGCACAUAAACACAGUGUAGACAGAACAAUAGUGCAACAGUACAAAAGUGCAGACAGACAAUACAACACCAUACAGACAAAGAAUAAUAAAUAACAAGACAGUGUGCAAAUUAUGCAGUGUGCAAAAAGUGUGCAAAAAAGACCAGUGAGGUAGUAAUUACCUCUAUUACACAGUGUGCAAUAGAGUCCAGUGAGGUAGUAGGGUUUUUAGUGCUUUCCAUUUUCUGGGGUAAGUGGGGUAAGAGUGUGUGUGCAUGUACAGAAAAACCAUCAGUUCAGUCUCUGCAGUUGAGGAGUCUGAUGGCUUGGGGGUAGAAGCUGUUGCAGAAUCUGGUCGUGCUGGACCGGAUCUCCUGGAAACGUAUCUCCUGGAAAAUCGAAUGCCGUAUUUGCCUUAUAAAGGGAUGCACUCUGAUGCAGUAAUGGGUUUACAUUCAUUUGACAACCCUGCGGUCUUACAUAUCCUACACAUCCCAAACUAAGAACAAAUCAUUUUGCUUUAACUCCUAUUGAACGACAAAAAAAAACUAAAAUACAAGACCUUAUGUUUUCUAAAUUGUCAGUCAUACAUAUGUGCUCUAAAAGAUUUCAGAAUAUUUAACUGCCCUGUCUGUAAAAGAGCACAUAUAUAUCAUUCAUCUCUAGUGCAAUCCCUGCCAUUUCCACUGUUUUGUAGUUUUAUAAGAUUGUAAAUGUUACGGAUACCAAAUUAUUAAACAGACUUUUACAACUUGG